UUACAACUCCAUCAAAAAAAAAAAAAAUGGGUCCAUUUUUUCCAGUACUACUCCUUUUUUAUACUCAAAUUCAAACCUUUUUUCUCUAGAAAAACACAAUCCAAAUCAAACUCCGCCGCCCCCCUCCCCCCCAAAAAAAAGAUUCUUUCAUCUUUUUAAAAUAUAUACAGAGUUUGAACCAAAAUUACUGGAUUUCAAAUGAGUGACUAACUCAUGAGAUUUGAUUUGUUGAAAUGGAAGAUCAAUAUGGAAUGGCAGAUCUAAGACAAUAUAUGAACGGUGGGCGUUCGAUUUUCGGUUCGAUCCAACAAGUACCACCAGAACUAUUACCUGCUACUUCUCACCAGCAGCAACAACACAGGAAUCUCGGGCCGGGCCAUCACCAGUAUGACAUGGUGAUGGGACUGGCCCAAGUUCCUUCGUCUUCAUCUGGUCACGGGCUUACUACUCCACAUCAUCACCACCACCACCAGCAUCACCAACAUGAGUUCCUUACGGACUCGAGUACUCCUGUAGCUGUAGCAACGGCUACAGCUACAGGAGCUACUACAACGAGUGCCGGAUUUAGUGGGAUGGAUCAGAUGGAGACUGGUGGUGGUGGUGGUGGAGACGGAAGCGGGCGGUGGCCCAGACAAGAGACACUUACACUACUUGAAAUCAGAUCAAGAUUGGAUCCAAAGUUCAAAGAAGCUAAUCAAAAAGGACCCUUAUGGGAUGAAGUUUCAAGGAUUAUGUCUGAGGAACAUGGAUACCAAAGGACUGGAAAAAAAUGUAGAGAGAAAUUUGAGAACUUGUAUAAGUACUACAAGAAAACUAAAGAGGGUAAAGCUGGAAGACAAGAUGGUAAACACUAUCGAUUUUUUCGACAACUUGAAGCUUUAUAUGGUGAAACAAGCAAUAAUAUUUCAUCUACCUCAACGGAUAUUCUUCAUCAGGGAAGUCAUUUUCCUUAUAAUUCCGUUAACAACAUGAGUCAAGAUCCUCAUAAUUUUCACCACCAUCAAGCUUCUAAGCUAUCCGAUAGCAUGAGCUUAUCAAAUUCAUCUGAACUCAAUACGUCUUCCUCAGAUGAUAGUGAUCAUCAUGAUAAGAAGAAGAGGAGGGGGAAGAGGAGUUUAAAGGCGAAGAUUAAAGAUUUCAUUGAUGGACAAAUGAGGAAGUUGAUGGAGAAGCAAGAAGAAUGGAUGGAUAAAAUGAUGAAAAUGAUUGAACAUAAAGAACAAGAAAGGAUAUUGAGAGAAGAAGAAUGGAGGAAACAAGAAACCAUUCGUAUUGAGAAGGAACAUAGUUUUUGGGCUAAUGAGAGGGCAUGGAUAGAAACACGCGAUGCUGCUUUAAUGGAGGCUGUGAACAAGCUAAGUGGUAAAGAUUUGAAGAGUACUAGUAGUAAUCCGCGUAGUCUUGAUGAAGAAAUGGUUGAAAUUCAUAACAGAAACGGAGAUGUAACAGACAGUCUGAAAGAUGAUGUUGACCAGCACUGGCCUGAUAGUGAAAUUACUAGGUUAAUACAACUUAGGACUAGCAUGGAAUCAAGAUUUCAACAAUUGGGAAUUUCAUCAUCAAUAAAUGAUCAUGAUCAUGAUCAUGAUCAUGAUAAUGAUAAUAGUAAUAAUCAUGAUCAUGUAUUAUGGGAAGAGAUAAGUGCAAAAAUGGCCAUUUUGGGAUAUGAUAAAAGUGCUACAAUGUGCAAGAAAAGAUGGGGUAGCAUUAAUAGUUACCUAAUGAAGUGCAACAAGAAAAGAAAAGAUCAAAAUUCAACAAGUUUGUUAUGUUACAAUAGUAAUAUACAAAUCAACAAUCAAUAUUAUGAAGCUGAUGGAUCAUCAUGUUUUAGGUACUUAAUGGGAGAUCAUCAUCAAAACUUAUGAGAAAAUUAUGAAUGGAAAUUAAGCAAAGGUGCUGGUGAUGGUGCUGGUGAUGGUGCUGACGAUAAUUGAUGAUGUGUCACAACAAGUACAACAAGACAACUUGUAAGUUUUUUUUUUUCUUAAAAAAAAUAAAGAUUGGUUGACAUGAAGUUAUUUGUCUUGGGUUGCUAACUGUUUUCAUGGAACAUAUAAUUGAUUUGAAGUUAACUUUGUCCUAGCUAGGAGGUUGAUCAAUUUGGCUACCUAAUUUUACUAUUUUUAUGAGAUGUUCUAUUUAUAUUUUGUAUUUAAAUUAAGUAAUGGAUUGAUGUGGUAAUUAUUCUCUUCAAUUUGCUAA